UCUCCGCUUUUCCAGAGGGGCUGGAGGAGGCAGGGGGAAGGAAAUUCUAGUCCGGGUUUUCGGGUCGGCCCCCGGUGCGCUCGCGCCGGUUGCGGCGGCCGAUCCCCGGCGGCGGCUCCGGGCCGGGUUUUGCGCGCGCCCUCCGCCCCCCUCCCGCAGCGGGUGCGUCGGGGAGAGGGGCGAGCAGGCGGCUUGUCAUUGCUGGUGCCCGGCGCCGGCUCGGUCCGCGCGUCCUGCGGUGCCCACGGGCCCGGCCCGGCGCCCCCCCUCCGGCCGCCCCGGGGGCGCGACGCCGCCGCUCCCGCCUCCAGCCGCGCCCCCCCAGCUCCGCGCCGCCUGCCCCCAAUCCGAGCCCCCCGCGGCCACUGCGGGGAGCCCGAGCCGUCGGCGCGGGAGCUGUUGGCGCUGUGGCGCCUCCGCCCCGCCGUCUGCCGAGGAGGCCCCGGCGGAUGGGGCCGCGCGGGCCCCGGAGCGGCGCCGCCGGGCGGCGGGGGGCUGCAGGGGCGCUCCGGCUGGCCCGUUAACCCCUCGGCCACCGCCGCCGCCGUCGGAGGGGGCUGGGAAGUCGCCUGGGCGCACACGUGCCGCCUCCGUCGGGGCCGCGGAGCUGCGGGGGAGAUGCGGGCCGCUGUCGGCGCCGCCUCGGGGGGCUCCGCCUCGCCCCAGCCCCCGGAGCUCUGACGCCGCCCCCGCCCCGCCGCCUCCGCCGCCUCCCUCCCGGGAGGGGCGCGGACCCUCUCGCCCCCAGCCCCGAGCCUCCGCUGCCGCGAGGGGGCCGCCUCUAGAGCCGUGUAAUCCGCUUUUUUUAUUUUAUUUAUUUAUUUAUUUUUUUAAAUUUUUGGUUAGUGGCGGCGGUGCUGGGCCGGGGGAAGGAGGGGACACGGAGGCCGCCCUCGCCCCGCCACCCCUCACCCUUUUCCCCCCCGCUCCGGUUCCGGGAGAUGUGCCGGGCGGGGGGCCGGGGUUCGCGGAGCCGCAGGAGAGACGCGCAGGGCCGACCCCAGAGCUGCGCUGGACAGGCUGGUGGGCCAGGCCGUGGUGCCCACCUGCUGAUGCAGGGCAAGGCCCCCGGCACAGGACACUGAGCGCCCCGAACACGCCCCUGGCCGCCGCCAUGGCCCGCCUGGCCGCCGUGCUCUGGAGUCUCUGCAUCACCGCCGUCCUGGUCACUUCGGCCACCCAAGGCCUGAGCCGGGCUGGGCUCCCGUUCGGGCUGAUGCGCCGGGAGCUGGCGUGCGAAGGCUACCCCAUCGAGCUGCGGUGCCCAGGCAGCGACGUCAUCAUGGUGGAGAAUGCCAACUAUGGGCGCACAGACGACAAGAUCUGCGACGCCGACCCUUUCCAGAUGGAGAACGUGCAGUGCUACCUGCCCGACGCGUUCAAGAUCAUGUCACAGAGGUGUAACAACCGCACCCAGUGCGUGGUGGUUGCUGGCUCUGACGCCUUUCCCGACCCCUGUCCUGGGACCUACAAGUACCUGGAGGUGCAGUACGACUGUGUCCCCUACAUAGAAGUGGAGCAGAAAGUCUUCGUGUGCCCAGGGACCCUGCAGAAGGUGUUGGAGCCCACCUCCACGCACGAGUCGGAACACCAGUCUGGGGCGUGGUGCAAGGACCCGCUGCAAGCGGGCGACCGAAUCUACGUCAUGCCCUGGAUCCCCUACCGCACGGACACGCUGACUGAGUACGCCUCGUGGGAGGACUACGUGGCCGCACGCCACACCACCACCUACCGCCUGCCCAACCGCGUGGACGGCACGGGCUUCGUGGUCUACGACGGCGCAGUCUUCUACAACAAGGAGCGCACGCGCAACAUCGUCAAGUACGAUCUGCGCACACGCAUCAAGAGCGGGGAGACGGUCAUCAACACGGCCAACUACCACGACACGUCGCCCUACCGCUGGGGGGGCAAGACGGACAUUGACCUGGCUGUGGACGAGAACGGGCUGUGGGUCAUCUACGCCACCGAGGGCAACAACGGGCGCCUGGUGGUGAGCCAGCUCAACCCCUACACGCUGCGCUUCGAGGGCACGUGGGAGACGGGCUACGACAAGCGCUCGGCGUCCAACGCCUUCAUGGUGUGCGGAGUCCUGUACGUGCUGCGCUCCGUGUACGUGGACGACGACAGCGAGGCGGCCGGCAACCGCGUGGACUACGCCUUCAACACCAACGCCAACCGCGAGGAGCCGGUCAGCCUGGCCUUCCCCAACCCCUACCAGUUCGUCUCCUCCGUGGACUACAACCCUCGUGACAACCAGCUCUACGUCUGGAACAACUAUUUCGUGGUGCGCUACAGCCUGGAGUUCGGGCCGCCCGACCCCAGUGCCGGCCCAGCCACCUCCCCACCUCUCAGCACGACCACCACAGCCCGACCCACGCCCCUCACCAGCACGGCCUCGCCCGCAGCCACCACCCCGCUCCGCCGAGUGCCCCUCACCACACACCCCGUGGGUGCCAUCAACCAGCUGGGACCUGACCUGCCUCCAGCCACAGCCCCGGCUCCCAGCACCCGGCGGCCCCCAGCUCCCAAUCUGCACGUGUCCCCAGAGCUCUUCUGUGAACCUCGAGAGGUGCGGCGGGUCCAAUGGCCAGCCACCCAGCAGGGCAUGCUGGUUGAGAGGCCCUGCCCCAAAGGGACCCGCGGAAUUGCCUCCUUCCAGUGUCUACCAGCCCUGGGGCUCUGGAACCCCCGGGGCCCUGACCUCAGCAACUGCACCUCCCCCUGGGUCAACCAGGUGGCCCAGAAGAUCAAGAGUGGGGAGAAUGCAGCCAACAUUGCCAGCGAGCUGGCCCGUCACACCCGAGGCUCCAUCUAUGCGGGUGAUGUGUCCUCCUCCGUGAAGCUGAUGGAGCAGCUGCUGGAUAUUCUAGAUGCCCAGUUACAGGCCUUGCGGCCCAUUGAGCGCGAGUCAGCGGGCAAGAACUACAACAAGAUGCACAAGCGGGAGAGAACUUGCAAAGACUACAUCAAGGCCGUGGUGGAGACAGUGGACAACCUGCUGCGGCCAGAGGCUCUGGAGUCCUGGAAAGACAUGAAUGCCACGGAGCAGGUGCACACAGCCACCAUGCUCUUGGAUGUGCUGGAGGAGGGUGCCUUCCUGCUGGCCGACAAUGUCAGGGAGCCCGCCCGCUUCCUGGCUGCCAAACAGAAUGUGGUCCUGGAGGUGACAGUCCUAAACACGGAGGGCCAAGUGCAGGAGCUGGUGUUCCCCCAGGAAUACCCAAGUGAGAACUCCAUCCAGCUGUCCGCCAAUACCAUCAAGCAGAACAGCCGCAACGGUGUGGUCAAAGUUGUCUUCAUCCUCUACAACAACCUGGGCCUCUUCUUGUCCACCGAGAAUGCCACAGUGAAGCUGGCGGGUGAAGCAGGUACAGGUGGCCCUGGCGGUGCCUCCCUGGUGGUGAACUCACAGGUCAUCGCGGCGUCCAUCAACAAGGAGUCCAGUCGCGUUUUUCUCAUGGAUCCUGUCAUCUUCACCGUGGCCCACCUGGAGGCCAAGAACCACUUCAAUGCUAACUGCUCCUUCUGGAACUACUCGGAGCGUUCCAUGCUGGGCUACUGGUCAACCCAGGGCUGCCGCCUGGUGGAGUCCAACAAGACCCAUACCACGUGUGCCUGCAGCCACCUCACCAACUUUGCCGUGCUAAUGGCUCACCGAGAGAUCUACCAGGGCCGCAUCAAUGAGCUGCUGCUGUCAGUCAUCACCUGGGUGGGCAUCGUGAUCUCCCUCGUCUGCCUGGCCAUCUGCAUCUCUACCUUCUGCUUCUUGCGGGGGCUGCAGACUGACCGCAACACCAUCCACAAGAACCUGUGCAUCAACCUCUUUCUGGCCGAGCUGCUCUUCCUGGUCGGGAUAGACAAGACUCAGUAUGAGAUCGCUUGCCCCAUCUUUGCUGGCUUGCUGCACUACUUUUUCCUGGCCGCCUUCUCCUGGCUGUGCCUGGAGGGUGUGCACCUCUACCUGCUGCUGGUGGAAGUGUUUGAGAGCGAGUACUCACGCACCAAGUACUACUACGUGGGCGGCUACUGCUUCCCGGCCCUGGUAGUCGGUAUCGCGGCGGCCAUCGACUACCGCAGCUAUGGCACCGAGAAGGCCUGCUGGCUCCGAGUGGACAAUUACUUCAUCUGGAGCUUCAUUGGACCGGUCUCUUUUGUUAUCGUGGUGAACCUGGUGUUCCUCAUGGUGACCCUGCACAAGAUGAUCCGGAGCUCAUCUGUGCUCAAGCCCGACUCCAGUCGCCUGGACAACAUUAAAUCCUGGGCCCUGGGGGCCAUCGCGCUGCUCUUCCUGCUGGGCCUCACCUGGGCGUUCGGCCUGCUUUUCAUCAAUAAGGAGUCAGUGGUCAUGGCCUAUCUCUUCACCACUUUCAACGCCUUCCAGGGGGUCUUCAUCUUUGUCUUUCACUGCGCUUUACAAAAGAAGGUGCACAAGGAGUACAGCAAGUGCCUGCGUCACUCCUACUGCUGCAUCCGCUCCCCACCUGGGGGCGCUCAUGGCUCACUCAAGACCUCAGCCAUGCGGAGCAACACCCGCUACUACACGGGGACGCAGAGCCGAAUCCGGAGGAUGUGGAACGACACCGUGAGGAAACAGACGGAGUCCUCCUUCAUGGCAGGCGACAUCAAUAGCACCCCCACCCUGAACCGAGGUACCAUGGGGAACCACCUGCUGACCAACCCUGUGCUGCAGCCCCGUGGGGGCACCAGCCCCUACAACACCCUCAUUGCUGAGUCGGUGGGCUUCAAUCCCUCCUCACCCCCUGUCUUCAACUCCCCAGGGAGCUACCGGGAACCCAAGCACCCUCUGGGAGGCCGGGAAGCCUGCGGCAUGGACACAUUGCCCCUCAACGGCAACUUCAACAACAGUUACUCCUUGCGAAGCGGGGAUUUCCCGCCAGGGGACGGGGCCUCUGAGCCACCCCGAGGCCGGAACCUGGCCGAUGCUGCUGCCUUCGAGAAGAUGAUCAUCUCAGAGCUGGUACACAACAACCUGCGGGGCAGCAGCAGCGGGGCCAAGGGCCCCCCACCACCUGAACCCCCCGUGCCACCUGUGCCAGGGGGUGGUGGCGAGGAAGAAGCAGGCGGGCCCGGGGGCGCUGACCGGGCAGAGAUCGAACUUCUCUACAAGGCCCUGGAGGAGCCGCUGCUGCUGCCCCGGGCCCAGUCGGUGCUGUACCAGAGCGAUCUGGAUGAGUCGGAGAGCUGCACUGCGGAGGAUGGGGCCACCAGCCGGCCCCUAUCCUCCCCUCCAGGCCGGGACUCACUCUACGCCAGCGGGGCCAACCUGCGGGACUCGCCCUCCUACCCGGACAGCAGCCCCGAGGGGCCCAGUGAGGCCCUGCCCCCACCCCCGCCUGCACCCCCCGGCCCCCCUGAAAUCUACUACACCUCGCGCCCACCGGCCCUGGUGGCCCGGAACCCCCUGCAGGGCUACUACCAGGUGCGGCGGCCCAGCCAUGAGGGCUACCUGGCAGCCCCGGGCCUCGAGGGGCCAGGGCCCGAUGGGGAUGGGCAGAUGCAGCUGGUCACCAGUCUCUGAGGGACCUCAUGGACCAGGGGCUGGUGGCCCAGGACGGGAAGGGAACCCUGGGUGGGGCUCUGAUGGGAGAGGGAGACUCAUGGAGGCAGUGGCUGGUGGGCCACUCUCUCCAGGUGCCCUUCAGCCGUGGGCCCUCUAGGCCCCUCAGGAGCUCUGCCGUGGGGGCCUGUGGUGCAGGGUUCACAGACAGGGUUUCCUACCAGCCAUGCGCACCAGCUCGAUUUGGGGGAAGUGCGGUAAGGAGGAGCCAAGAGGUCCCCAAGGGAGUAAGGAAGGAGAAAUUGGAUGGGUGCAACCCACUCUUGACUUCCCCCCUCCCCUACCUUCCUGCCCCCCUGGAGGGAAAUGAGGGCUUUGGUUUUCCCGGGCCCCGCUGGAAGGAACCUGUCAGCUACUCCUCUCUGCAGCCAGAAAUGCUGCACCAGGAAGGAGCAGUGGGAGCAGACAGACAGACAGGUUCCUCCUGCACUACAUUUCCCUGCUCCUGGAGACUGGGGCCUCUGGCCCGAGAGAAAGCCCCAGGGCAAGUGGAAUGGGCAAUUGUGGCUGCUGGUUUAAAGGUGGAACUUUCUCUGAAGCUCCUUCCCUCUGCUCUUUGUCCUUGCCUCCCCAGCAAGCCUGCCCAUCAGUCUCCUCAAGUGCACCCAGUGACCCCCUCCCUUGGGGUGACUCCUGAUGAAGCACAACUCCCCGCAGGGCCCCCAGCCCACAGGGGUGGCCAUAUUUGGGCAGUUCCCAGUCCUGUGGGCUAGGCUAUCUGGGGAGCAGAUUUUGGGUCUGGAUCUCCCUGGGGAGUGGGUCCUGGGCUUGGAUCUUUCCCUAGGGGGCCAUCUUACCCCUUCCUCUCUCCUCCUCCUCCCCCAUUGCUGUAAAUAUUUCAACAAAAUGGAAAAGAAAAAAAAAAAGAAAAAAAAAAAAAAAAAGAAAAUCUCAUCACUUGAAGCCACCGGGAGCCUGUGGCCCAGCCAGCCCGGGGCUUUCUCCGGAGCAGAGUGGCGCCACCGGGCCCUGGCAGCCAGGACUUCUCCGUGUAUGUGUGCAUCCCCAGCCGGGGUGGGCGGGCCGCCAGAGCAGCUUUUUACAAUCCAGAGACAGAAAACAAAAUCUAGAAGCAACAGCGAAACAAAGAACCUGUUUCCUUCCCGGCACCGUUUCUGUCGCCUCUUUCCCUGCUCCGCCUGUUCCCUGGCAUCAGUCAGCCCUCCUGGGGCGUGUACCUCACUGCCUGCCCCAGGACUGGGGCCUGUCUCCCCCUCCCCUCCCCACGGGCCCAGGGGAGGCACCCUCACACCCAAAGAUGCUUUUGCCAAGAUGGCUGCGCUGUCCCUUUGAGUUCCUGCUUCUUGUAUAUUGCUUCUGGGACUCUGGGCUGAGGAGGAAGGGACUGACUUCCCACCUAGAGCGGGUGAUGGGGGAAGAAAAGUGAAGGCAGCAGGUGGUGGGCGUGAAAGGGAGGCUGGGAGUGAUGAAGUUGUCUUCUCUCUUGGGGGGAGGGGGGCUGCAAAGGUGAGAGAUCAUCUUCCCUACCCUACACUCUCCUGCAGGGGAGGCAAAGCCAGGUAUCAGGGCCUGCAGUCAGGACACCCUUAUACCAGGCGCUCUACCCCAAACCUUAGACUCCGGAAGCUCUGGGCUGGGGAUGUCUCCUGAGUACCUCUUCCAGUGCCCUCUUCUCCAGCCGUUCACCCUGGCCUUCCCACCCCGCCCCCCCCAACCCUUUGAGUAGGGUAGUCCCAUUGCCACAGUAGCCCAGCCCUGUCAUUGCCAUUCUCUCAGGGGUGGCCCUCCACCUCUACUCUGACCCCUUCUUGUCUCUUUUGCCCCUCCCUCUUUUCUCACAAGUGCCAUGAGUUUUCAAACAUCUUUGGGUCUCAGCCUGCUGCUGCCAUAAACUUCUUUGGGUUAAGGAGGGAGGCUCUAGGGAGGAACUGGGGGGAAAGGAACAGGUAGGUGGCUGGAGGAACCCUUUUUGCUGCUAGAAAGCCCCUCCCUUCUCCUGGGGAGCUGGGGCUGGCUUGUCCCCAUCAGUUAGGGGAGAAGGGGUCAGACCAAAGAUGGUGGUUUGUCCCAUGCAGGGAGACAGGUGUGGGGAGAAGGCAGGGUUGGGUUCCAUUGCUAGAUUUUUCGGGUAGGAAGGCUUAACUCAGCUGAAGACCCUGGGUAAGCCUGGAUGGGAAGAGAAAUAAGGACAGGGACAAUUUUGCCCCGACAGCUCCGUGGCCUGCCUUGGCAUCACUAGGCCAGGAACUCCACCGUAGGCAGGGGCAGCCAGAGGUCUGUGAAGAGCUGGCAAGAGAGGAGGGAUGAUGGAGCUGGGCCGGCAUCAGUCCAGCUAGAGCCAGAGGCUGCCUCUGACACCAGCAAGAGGGCUAGGAAAGUAGGCUUGGCAGGAGAGCUCCCUGGGGGACUGGAGGUAUAUGAGGAGUCUGCUUCCUCGCCCCUGAGCAGCCCUCCUUCUCUCCAGACACUGACAAUCAAGGGGAGAGAGGGUGGGGUGGGUCCCUAUGGUCCCAUUCCAGCCAAAAUCACCAAGGUGGAUUCCCAGGCCUCAGAUCUGCAUGGCAGGGCCCCCUGGUGGGGUUGGACACCACUUCAGCCUAGUGCAAAGCCACCCCCAAGAGCCCAGGUGUCCCCUUACCCCAACCAGACCUGGUGCCUUGACACCCCAACCCAGCUGGGACGGUAUAGAGAAGGAAGGGUCUUGGUUUCCUCUCCUACUCCCUUCCUUGGGCUCCUGAAUUCAUUUGCUUUUAAAUCUAAUAUUUUUCUCUGGGUUGUUUUUUUUGGGUGGGGGGGUUUUGUUUUUUUUGGUUUCCCUUGCCUUCCUUUCUCUGUCUCCACCUCUUUCCCUGUGUCUUUCUCACUGUCUCUGUGUUCCUCUUCUUUCACCCUCGAUUUCUCUGUGUCCAUUCGGGCCUCCUCCCCUCUCUCCCAUCCCUCCCCACCCCAAUCUCUCCUUGGUCUCCUUUUCGAUAUGCCAAACCAAUUUUGGGUCGAGUGCAUUUAACGAGAACAAAACAAAAGGCUCAUAACAAGAACGUUUCAGAAAAAAACAAAAAGUUAAAAAAAAAUUGUUGAGUCAAAAAAAAACAAUAAAGAAAUUAAGAUUUCUUGGAA